ACCAACUGACUCAUAUGUCCAGCUCUCCAUACUCCAAUCACUUAUUUUUCUCUCUGCAAAUCUGAGUUAGAAAAUUCGUCUAAGAAGUGUGGUAUUGCUAUCUGGCUCUGAAUCUGUGUCACAUCGAUCGAAAGCUAAGAUGGGUGCUCUAGAUCAUUUUUCUAAUCUAUUUGAUUGCUCAAGUGCGGGUCAUCACAAGAAGCGAAAGAAUUUCCAGACGGUGGAGAUUAAGGUGAAGAUGGACUGCGAAGGGUGCGAGAGGAAGGUGAGGAGAUCGGUGGAGGGAAUGAAGGGGGUGUCACAAGUGGACAUAGACCGCAAGGCCAGCAAGCUGACGGUGACCGGCUACGUGGAGCCCAAGAAGGUGGUGGCACGCGUCGCGCAUCGGACGGGGAAGAGGGUGGAGAUCUGGCCGUAUGUGCCGUACGACGUCGUCGACCACCCAUACGCACAGGGGGUAUACGACAAGAAGGCUCCGUCGGGGUACGUGCGAGGCGACCACCAGAUGUCCGGGGGAGGACUAGCACGUGCGAGCUCCACCGAAGUUAGGUACACUACGGCUUUCAGUGAUGAAAACCCAGCUGCCUGCACGGUCAUGUGACUUGUCACCGGCUGCUGAUGUGAUGUGUCUAAUUUAGUUUCUUGUUGUUGGAAAUGCCAAUGUAAUUUGUGUGAUGCACAUUUUUCGAAUUUGUUUGGUCUAUUUCUACUUUAGGGUUGUCAAGAAAAUCUAUCAUAUGAAAUGUGGCUAGUUUGCCCUUUGGAUUGUAAAUGGAAAUGCAGUGGACGUACUAUUUGGUUAUA